CAAGACAACUACAUCAACGACGAGUCAAUAUGAAGGCUCUCUUCACCCUCGUCUUCGCCGGCUUAACGUCCCUCGUCUCCGGUCGUGUCGGCGACUGGUGCUCCGGCACCAAACCGGCCGACCAAUGCCUCUGUCUGAAACACGACAUAUGCGAUGAUAUUUUUGGCAAAAAGAUCCAUCAUUACUCUGAUGGAAGAUUCCCUUGCCCGGACGACAAGGCCUACAUCUGGGGCUGCUACCUUUGGGGUACAUGGAGAUGUAUGGCUAUAGCCAAUUAG